GUUGCUUGUUUUGCUGAUUUUUGUUGUUUGCUACUCACUCUACCUUUAUCAUUGUAUUUGUUGCUUGUUUUUUGGCUGUUCUCUUUUUGUAGGUGCUGCUCUAUGAGCAUAGUGGCUUUGGUUAGCUAUGUAAAUUUAAGGUCAUAUCCUGGAGCUAGGGCAGGCUAGGGGGAGGUGCAGAGGGGUAUGUCUUUUGUGCGGUUCGGCCCAUGGAAAAUAGGGAUUCUCACAGGUAAGUUGAUUGAGUUGGUGCAAUUUCUCAAGAGGAGAAAGAUUCAGGUGGCAUAUGUGCAAGAUACCACAUUGGUGGGAACCAAGGUGCAGGGAGUGGACGAGUUUAAGUUGUGGUAUUCCAGCUUUGCUCGGAGUAGGAACGGAGUGGGUGUUUUGGUGGCACUGGAACUGCAGGAGUUUGUGGUAGUGGUUCAGAGGGUUAGUGAUCAGUUGAUGGCUAUCAAGUUAGUUUUAGGUGGAUGUGCUAUUAAUGUUGUUAGUGCUUAUGCCUUUCAUCAUGGCUUGGAGGACGAAGUUAAGGGGGACUUUUUGGAUUCAUUAGAUGGGGUGGACAUUGAGGAGCAGGGCAGUGAUAAGAGACUUUUCUGGCUUGCGAAGACACAUGAGAGGAUGGCCUGUGAUCUAGAUCACGUGAGAUGUGUAAAGGGAAGUGAUGGUAGAGUGUUGUUUGAGACAGCUAAGGUGGCUAAUCAAUGGGGGGAGUAUUUUCGUGGCUUGCUGAAAGCGGGAGGAGAUCCGAUGCUAGACCAAGGAGUUCAAGGGGAAGUUCCAGGGGAAGUCGCAUGGUCCAUACUUUUUGCUGACAAUAUUGUGCUUAUUGAGGACACCCACAAGUUAGAACUUUGUCACCAUUCCUUGGAAACUAAAGGAUUCAGACUAAGUAAGACAAAGACUGAAUGCAUGGAAUGUCAUUUUAGUGGACGGGAGAUUGAAUCACGGGUGGAAGUUAGGAUUGUUUUCCACCUACUUUCCAAGCUUCCCAAUAUUGGACGUAUUGACUUUUGUCUUUUAGUUGCUUCAUCCAUGGCCGACAAGGCUCUUGGAAAAACAAAGCUAAGGAAGAUAAAGCUCAAACUUUGUCCCACUGCAACAAAGGAGUCAAUAACAUGGUUCAAGGAACUUUCGUGGGAGGAAAGAAUGCAAACUGCAAAUGACCAAGGGACACUUGUGCUACUCCGAAAUCUGGAUCCUGUGUACAUCUCAGUAGAAGUAGAGGAUAUAAUUUGGUAUGCAUUUAAAGAGAAAUGUUCAGCAAAAAUGAUCCAGCAUAGUGCUUUCUCUAACCCUAAUAUUGGUCAAGCUUUGGCUAUUUUUAAAACAAGAGAUGCAGCGGAGAAGGUCAUAAGAAUGUUAAAAAAUAGAUACCUAUUGGUGUCAGAACAAAGGCCACUUGUUGCUGACAUUAUAGCACUUCCCAAAUCCCAAAGAAGCUCUUCAUUUGUUGGCCAUCUUGUGAUUGAUAAAGUUAGACAUCAAAUGCAAAGAGAAAUGAAAGAAGCUGUGUCUACAUCUCACUGCUCUCAACCCAACACCAUUGAAUAUGAAAUGGCCAUGGAGUGGCGAUUACGGCAGUCUCGAUCUGAAUUCUGCUGGAAGACGCUGCACAAGCAACAGGGAGACGAGCUUAGAAGAGCCGCUGCUAAAUUGAAGACAUAAUAAAACUGUCAUAGUUUCCUAUGUGGGGGGGGGGAGUUAGACUAGUAGCGGCGCCGUCGAAGUGAAGGUAGAGCUUUGACUGUAUGAAUAAUGGUUCUAUGUCGAUAUAUCCUUUUGUUGCAUGUAAUUUUUUUUCCAGGGAAGCAUUGUUUUGGUUUUGGUAGGAGUGUAUCAAACCUGAACGUGUCUUGUUAUAUAGCCGAGCAUGAGUCAUGCACAUCCCAAACAGUUAAGCGAACCCCGUGCAUGAUGAGAUGAGAUGUUUAAAUUUGUUUAUGUUACUCUUGNGGGUAGCUUAGUUUGAUCAGUACAAAGACAAUAAAAAUACUCCCUUCGUUCUAUAAAAAAUUCCAGCUACUAUUAAUGCCCAAAAUGGGAUAAAUCCAUUGCUAGAGUUUCCAACAGGAUGAAGACAAAUUUUUCAGAGACACAGGGUGAUAGUCGAUUGUCAAAGCUUGAUAAUCGAUUAUCCAAAGAUUCCCUGUCCAAAAAUUUAAAAUUCUAUCCGUUGGAGGACAACGGUAACCCAGAUAAUCGAUUGUCAACAAGUGAUAAUCGAUUAUUGGUCCUCUCAGAAGAUUCUAGGUUUUGG